CCGCGGUAUUCUUCGGCAGAUGAUGCCACAUCAGGAAUUUCCCCACCCAGUGCACAGCAACCUAUGCCCGACUUCCGCGGCCGUUAGCCUUUGCGAAAGCUAUCGUUGUGCCCAACUGCAUCUCGAAUAUGAAGACGGAAAAGUAUUGCAUGUGAAGGGAUGUGUCGAUUAUCCUAUGGCGCAAUGGCAGGACGGCGCUUACAACUUUACCGACGAGAAAGGAGCGGUUGGCUGGUUCUACGGCUGCAAUUCGACCGACUUUUGCAACCAUGAGGCGGUGAACUGGCUCAAGGCCGAGGUCAAGAAGGCCGAAGAUCUGAAGGCCGAAGAAGCCGAGAAGCAGCGCAAAUCGGAAGAAGCCGAAAAGCAAAAGAAUUCUUCCCCGAAUACCCUCGCCUUCCCCAUUAUCGUGUUCCUUAUGAUCAUUCACUUCCGGCUUUUCAUC